UCUUGCUUGCUCUUGACUGGCGUUUCCCCCCUUUCCCUCUCUUGUGCUGUCGACAAGAUCUCCGUACUAGUUCAGCUGAACCGUUGCUCUCUUCCUCUCUUGUCCAUCCCUAUAUACUGUAUACGUUUCGAACAUAUACCAGAAAACAUAGGAAAGAAAACUCUGUACCAUCAUUGUCUGUCUUUAUAUCUCCAAAUCACUUAUACAAACACCACCAUCCCAUCACAACCACCGCACCAAUGCAUCACAAACCAACAACAAGCCUCUUCCUCCUCCUCCUCGGCGCCGCUGCUGCCAGAGCCGACAACAGCAACAAGCCAACCCCCAGAUCCGGCCCCGACGAAUCAUGGGCAUCGCCGGCAAAAGAGACCGUCGCCAUCACGGGCCAUGCAUUCGAACAGCAGCUCGCCCAGGGCUGGUCCCCGCGGCCGACGGAGGCGCCCAAGCCGCUGAUGGGACGCAUGAUGGUGCCGCGGGCAGAUGACUUUACCCUGGGACCGCAGACGUGCGGCUUCAUUCCGGGAUCUGCUGGGAGGUCGCUCACUUGUGUAAAUUCCGCCCACACAUGCGCCGUUAUCCAGGACUAUGUCGGCUGCUGCGAAAUUAACGGCGAAUGUAACCAAAUCCAAACGACGUGCAUAGACUACAACGCCUCCCUGGACGGCGCCUGCGACCUUCCCUCCAACUACCACACACUCUGCUGUGACACAUCUUCUCUCCCCAACUGCUACACAUGGGUCAUCUCUACAUCCGCCUCAAGCGAUGACGCAGUCGGUUUGCACACCAUCCUCGCCUGUUCCCCGCGAGUAGGCCGAGGAACUCUCUUGACUGUCGACCCAGGCUGGUCCUCGACGCACAAGUUCGACCCCACGACCACAAGGUCCUCGAAGUCAUCAUCCACGACGUCGACGACUUCGACCCAUACAGCUUCGCACAAGAGCAGCAGCACGCCUGUCGCCGCCAUCGCGGGGGGAGUCGUCGGAGGCGUAGCCGCGCUCGGGCUCGUCGGCCUGGCGGCAUUCCUCUUCAUCCGUCGUCGACAUAGACCACAGGAUGCUCCUCCCAACGCAACCCUAGGCGGAAACCCUCCUCAAGACCAGACCCCUCCUGCCCCUGGCGGAGGCGGAGCUGUGUAUCCCGCGGGCGUGCCGGCUGCAUAUGCCCCCGUGCAGAUGCAGCAGCAGGGUUAUGACGCGCAGCACAUGAACCAGUAUGGACAGCAGGGCGGCGUCUAUCCGCAGCAAUACCAGGGGCAGUAUCCGCCACACCACCAGCAGCAGUAUACUUAUCCUGCGGGGGUGAAUGGUUCAGCGCCGGGCGUGUUCAAGCAGGGUGAUUUGUCGCCGCAGCAGCAGCAUUCGCCGCAUCCGACGGAGUUGGCGGCCACGGCUGCUGUUGGGGCGGAGACGAACAGGGCGGAGCUGUCCAACUAGAGGGAGAUGUAGAACUGCGAUAUUAGGGUCGAGGACUGUUGGAUAUGAUGUUUGUAUCAUGAUAUUGGUUGGAGCUAUGUAGGUCAAUGUCAGUCUUGUUCGGUAGAGCUCUUGGGUAAACAGCUUGAGAUGGAGUCAUGAAAGGGUAUGGAACAUAACGAGGGGCGCCUUUGUUUGUUCUCAAGGCGCAGGGUAUAUAAUUGAUGUAUUAACAUUGAGAAUGUACGAUCA